CAUUCGGUUAUUAAAAAAUGCGUUAGCCGUAUGUAAGAAUAUUAAUCCGGUAUUUGUACUACAAACUGAAGUUGUAAUUUUUAAUUUUUUAAAUUGAUUUCGUUAUAUCUUACUGAAGUUAUUGACCUGAAAAUAUUCAAGAGGUUUCAAUUUAGUUACCAUCCUGAAAUAAGAUGCCAUCUUUGGAAGUAGACAAUAAUGGAAGUAAUUCUUCUAUUAAUGGUGACGAUCAAUCAAAAACGUUGUCUGGGCCGAUAAUUGGAAUAAUAUAUCCUCCGCCAGAAGUGAGGAAUAUUGUUGAUAAAACUGCUAGUUUUGUAGCUCGAAAUGGGCCUGAAUUUGAAGCGCGUAUCAGACAAAAUGAAUUGGGCAAUGCAAAAUUCAAUUUUUUGAGUUCAGGGGAUCCAUACAAUGCGUAUUAUCGGCACAAAGUAAAUGAAUUUAGGGAGGGAAAGGAUGCGUCGGGCGGUCCAAGUGUUAUUACUGGUGUAAAGCAGUUAUCUGUUACAAGUGCUGCACAGCAAAAGCAACAAGAACUUCUAAAACAAGUAGCUGAGCAACAAUUUGUGCCAAAAGAUCCUCCUCAAGAUUUUGAGUUUAUAGCAGACCCUCCGUCUAUAUCUGCUUUAGAUUUAGACAUUGUAAAGUUAACGGCACAAUUUGUAGCCCGAAAUGGUCGUCAAUUUCUGACAAAUCUCAUGAACCGUGAGCAACGUAAUUUCCAGUUUGACUUUUUACGACCCCAGCACUCAUUGUUUCAAUAUUUCACAAAAUUAUUAGAGCAGUACACAAAAAUAUUAAUUCCUCCCAAAGAUCUUUUAAACAAAUUACGUAUAGAAAGUUCGGAAGGACGUAACAGUAUGAAUUUAGUUUUAGAGCAAGUAAAAUACAGGGCAAAUUGGCAAAAGCAUCAAGAAGCUCAACGUCGACGUGAAGAGGAGAAAGUUGAGAAAGAGAGGGUGGCUUACGCUCAAAUAGAUUGGCAUGAUUUCGUAGUGGUUGAAACAGUGGACUAUCAACCUUUUGAAACAGGCAAUUUUCCACCGCCUACAACACCAGAAGAAGUAGGUGCUCGUGUACUAAUGGAAGAAAGAUUGCUGGAAGAAGAUGGGGACAUAGAAAUGCAAAUUGAAUCGGAAGAAGAAGAUAAUCAAGAGGAAACAGUCCGACUUAAAUUAUCACAAAUGGAAAAUCGUACUGGCAUACAAAUGAAAGGCACUACAUAUAAUCAACAAGGAACUAACGUGAAGAAAGAUAAUACACAAGUUCAAGACAUGGACGAAGCCUCUAGUGAUGAAGAGUCUCCAUCUAAUUCAAAGAUGCAGCCACCAGUAACACCUCUUCUACCACCAACACAUGAUAAGGUUGUGGUUAAGAAAUACGAUCCGAAAGCUAUUCAGCAAAAACAACCGAAGCCAGCACCUACAGAUGAGUAUUUGAUUUCUCCAAUAACCGGGGAAAAAAUACCAGCAUCAAAGGUGGCAGAACAUAUGCGUAUUGGUUUAUUGGAUCCCCGUUGGGUUGAACAGCGUGAUAAACAUACUGUUGAAAAAAUUAAUCAAGAUACAGUAUAUGCUGCUGGUACUGCUAUUGAGGCUAGUCUAAAACAAUUGGCAGAACGUCGUACAGAUAUUUUUGGUGUUGGCGAUGAAGAGACAGUUAUUGGAAAGAAAUUGGGUGAAGAGGAAACAAAGAAAGAUGAUCGCGUCACUUGGGAUGGGCAUACAUCAAGCGUGGAGGCAGCAACACGAGCGGCUCGAGCUAAUAUUACUUUAGAAGACCAGAUUCAUCAAAUUCAUAAAGUAAAAGGCCUUCUUCCAGAUGAAGAAAAAGAAAAGAUUGGGCCUAAACCAGUUAGCAACAAACCUUCUUUAUCGGCUCCACCACUAUCACAUCAAGCAUCUAUUAAAGGUCAUUCUCAACUUGGACAUCAUGUUGUUUCUCACCAUCAUCAUCAAUCACAGCAAUCGUCACAACAGCAAACACACCCUCAGCCAUCUCCGCAUAAUAUGCCACCUUCUGCACCAGUAAUGAUGAUGCCAAUGAGACCACCGCCCCCAAUGUUGGCUCCACCAUAUCCCGUAGGUGGUUAUAUGCCUAUACAAUCCGGUGGACCACCGCAAAUGCCAUCCGUACCAAAUAUAAUAGAUCAAACAAUGAUGCCCCUUCCACUAAUGUCAGUAGAUGAAGAGCCACCGAAUAAAAAAAUUCGAUCAGAAGACAAUCUGAUUCCAGAAGAAGAGUUCAUAUCGAAACACAAGAGCCCCAUUACUAUUCAAAUACAAAUUCCUAAUGUAGUUGACAAGUCGGAAUGGAAAUUAAACGGGCAAACAAUUGCAUUUUCAUUAUCGCUCGCAGAUACUGUUUCUAAUUUAAAAGCGAAGAUUCAAGAUGAAACUGGAAUGCCACCUGCUAAACAGAAAAUUUCAUAUGAGGGAAUGUUCUUCAAGGAUAGUAAUACUAUGGCGUUUUAUAAUCUGCUUAGUGGUGCCACUAUACAUCUACAAAUCAAAGAACGGGGCGGACGUAAAAAAUAAAUGUUUAAAAGAUUACUUUCAAAUGCCACUUGGUGGACACUGAAAAAAUUCUACUAAAGUUAUUUACUUUAAGCGGUAAUAAAUAAAUAUAGUAAGCGUGACACUAUAAAUAUAAAA